AUGGAAAGUUCGAUUGUUGAAAAUAAAUUCGAUUGUUUGUCAACAAAGGAACACAAUGGAGUGGUCACGUGGUUGGACGACGAUACGUCUUGUUACGUCACAGACACGUCAUUGUCGUUGCUUAGCGACGCUGAUGACGAAAUGUCGCACGGUUUGUUUAGCGAUGUUGAACGAAUGAAGGAACUCAACAACAACAACUCGUUCAUCGAAACUAUCGAUAAAUCUUUGGAUUAUCAACCGCUAGAUGGCGACGAAGAGAGUUGGGAGGAAUUGAAUGAUGAUGUCAUAAUGCCAACUAUGACACGAUGGAUGGUUUUAUUUGUGACGUGUUUCUCGAUAUUCAUCCGUUCGUUUGUGUCUGUCGUGUUCGGGCAAAUCAACGACGUUUUCUCCAAUUAUUACGUCAUCACUCCGGGAGCUGCUGAUUGGUUGACCAACUCUGCUACCAUGGCAACCAUCGUUGCCGUGCCAGUGGUUGCCAUGGUUACCAACCGCCGACCUAACUUCCGCACGAUGGCGCUGUUGAUGACGGGCAGUGCGUCAGUUGGCACAAUAAUGUUGACGGUUGCCAUGAUUGAUCGUGACAUCGGAUUCGUCGUCGCCAUCACCGGACAAACCAUCAUGGGCGUCAACAACGCAAUCGCGAUGACAAUCCCACCACUAGUGGCCGCUGUUUGGUUCCCUGAGACCGAAGUGACAACCGCCAUGGCAUCGGCGCUGAUGGCCGUCGGUGCGGGAGAUGCCGCGGGUUCCAUCGUGCCCCCAUCCAUUGUUGCCACCAGUGAUGUCAUAAUAGCCGGCGGUACGGGGUUUGAGGACUCGGCGAUUCUUGAAAAACUUCGGUUUCGAUUGGUUUCGAUGUUUGCCGUCACUGCUGGGUUGUCACUUGUCACUUUCAUUGUUGCCGUGGCGCAUGUCACCGAGAAACCUGCCGUGGCCCCAAGCCAGGCACAACUUCGACGCCACACGAUUGUCACAAACACCCAACUACACCCUCUGUACAAAAACAAAGAGUUUAUAUUAGUGGCGAUUCUUUACGGGAGUUCCGCGGCAUCAGCAGCGAACAGCGUCACUUUGUUGUCAACAAUGUCCCGUGAUGCUAUGGGGGGAAUACCCGGAGAUGAUAAUUAUGACCUCAUAGCAGGUCGUAUUAUGACAUCACUAUUCACAUUCUUUGCAAUUGGACCAAUCAUUGCAGGGCGUGCACUCGACCGGAACAAGAAAUAUCAAACGAUGGCUUUGAUUGGUUUAGCUGGGUUGGUUGUCGGGACAACAGGGACCACGUGUUCGCUCAUGCGCGGAAGCGUGGUUGGGUUGAUGACAUCACACUCCAUAUUAGGUUUGUUUAUGGGCGUGGCCGAGACAGCAUUGUUGGAGAUUGCAGCGGAGGUCACAUACCCCCACCCGGUGACCACAUUUUCCUCAAUACUUGUGAUGUCAUGGAUGACGUUCUUUAUAUUUCAACCAAUCGUGUCCAGGUAUGCACUGGGGAAUCCCCCAAUAUGGGCCAAAGGUUCAACGAUUGCCUCGCUCGUCCCGACCUCUUGCGCCAUCGUGUGUUUUAUUGUCGCACUUAUUUUUCUUCGUCCGAGUUAUAAUCGUCGACGCGCGACAACAGAAUCCACCCCAUUGUUACGUCAAUAA